CUCUAUGACGUGCGUCUUUUGACUUUCAUCUGACAGCGAAGGGCGCGCUGAUCAUCGCUCGUAAGAUCCACCGUGUUGGCUCUCGAACUCGACGUGGUCCCGCAUCCACCUGCUGCAUGGGGACAGAGCAUGACGAGCCGCCCAGUCUUCUGAUGCGCAUCUCAUCAUAUUCAGGUAUACAUCAUGUAGUAUCAUAACUGCCUUGUGAUUCAAAGGGCGCGCGACUACAUCGAAACUGGACGUCGAGCAUACAGCACUCUAUAAGAAGGAGCGACAUCCAACCAACAAGCCAUCACAUCCAACAACCUCACUCCACUCGGCACUCACAUCUAACACAACAAAACCAUGGCAUCCCAAAACGACAAAGCCCGCAAACUGCGCGCCCUCUGCAAACCCGGCGACCCCCUCGUCCUAACAAACGUCUGGGAUCCUCCAACAGCCAAAAUCGUCAGCCAGCACCCGCGCACCCAAGCCGUCGCAACAGCCAGCUACGCCCUCGCAGCCGUCAUAGGCAUCGAAGACGACGACCUCUCGCUCGAAGACAACCUCGCCGCCGUUCGCCGCAUCGCAGCCGUGCUUCAGGACUCUGAGAUCCCGCUUUCCGCCGAUAUGCAGGAUGGGUACGGCGAUGUGGCGGAGACGGUGAAGCAGUUCAUCGCCGCUGGCGCCGUGGGGGGCAAUUUGGAGGACGUGGAUAAUGCUGUGGGAGAGUUGAGGGGGGUGAGCGAUGCUGUGUCGCGGGUGGUGAGGGCGCGCGAGGGCGCGAGGGAGGCGGGCGUGCCGGAUUUCUGCAUCAAUGCGAGGACGGAUGUGUUGCGGUUUGGGGGCAAUAUUGGGGAUGCGAUUGCGAGGGGGCGCGCGUACUUGCAGGCUGGCGCUACGACUGUUUACGUUUGGGGCGGGCCGAAGGGGAGGGGCGUUAGUCGGGAGGAGAUUUGGGAGUUGGUCAAGGGGUUGGGAGGGAUGAUUAAUGUUAAGAUGAACCUGCGGCCGGGGUUUUUGACGAGGAAGGAGCUGGCGGAGUUGGGGGUUGCGAGGAUCUCGAUUGGGCCGGAAUUGUAUGCUCGGGCUAUGGAUGGAUUCAAGGGUGCGUUGGAGAAGGCUGUGGACGGGCAGAGCUUUGAAUAGUGCUUGUAGCUUGAGGAGAUUAAUUGGCAUAUCAGACC